AACAGUCAAGAAAAUCAAACAUUCCUAUUUCCAAAGUACUAAUCUUUCAUCUCGACUCUGCUCUCAAAUCUCCGGGCGACAAGACAAUGGCCUCAGCUUCCAAGAACCCUUUCUCCAUGAAACCCCCAAGGCCUCCCUCUUCCCUCCCCACCACCCCUCUGGCCUCCACCUCAUCAGAGCCCCAAAUCCGCAACCCUAACCCUAACGCCUCGCCGUCCACAUCAAACCCACCGAUCACGAUGUCACCGGAGGACCAAACCCUCUCGCGCUCCACCCACCUCACGCGCCCGGAGCUCCUCCGCCGCCGAUCGCACAACCUCAAGCAGCUCGCCAAGUGCUACAGGGACCACUACUGGGCGCUGAUGGAGGAUCUCAAGGCGCAGCACAGGGAGUACUACUGGAGGUACGGCGUCAGCCCGUUCAAGGACGAGCAGAAUCAGGCGAAUAAGAGGAGGAGGACGGACGGUGGUGGAGGAGGAGGAGGAGGAGGAGAAACUAACGACGCCGCCGUUGUCGAAGGUAGCGGAGAUAACGGAGCUAACAAUGACGGCGUUAAGGUGGAACAGUAUGCGAACAGUAGUAGCUGUGGGAGCUGUAUGUAUGGGUGCAAAGCGAAAGCGAUGCCUCUCACCAAGUACUGUCAGCUUCAUAUUCUCAAGGAUAGCAAGCAGAAGCUCUACACCGGUUGCACCAACGUUAUCAAAAGAGCUCCUGCAGGCCCAUUACUCUGUGGAAAACCUACACUUGCAUCGACCGUACCUGCACUGUGUAAUGUGCACUUCCAGAAAUCGCAAAAGCUAGUUGUUAAAGCUCUGAAGGAUGCAGGUCACAGUGUCUCAUCAGCAAGCAAGCCUCCUCCAAAGCUGCAUGUCAUAGUAGCUGCGUUUGUGCAUCAUAUUCAAAGUAAAAGAAAGAAUCCACGGAGUGAAGGUAAACUUAAAAGUGUAGUGAAAGAAGAAAUGUAAGCCGAGUCAAGCCGUUGGAGUUCCAAAGAGGAAAGGUGUUGCACUAAGUCAUCCAGAAGGGAAUGGCGUGGUGUUACUCAGCUCCGCACUGUACAUGAGAUUACCUCUUCCACAAGCGAUCUCUUAUGCAAAAGCAUGGAAACAACCCACUUGGCCACCUACGGGUCAAGCUAGAUAGACACACAACAGUUUAGUUAAGACUUACAAAUCUGUUCUUUGAACUAUGACUUGCGAAGAGAAGUCUAAAGAUACAAAUAUACUUUUGAGUUCAUACUGGUGAUAAGGUGUCUGUCUGGUUGCUUAAAUCUUUUUGCAUAUAUAACUCCUCUUUUAUGCACGGUU